AUGUUUGACCCCGGCGAGGUGCUGUACCUGUAUGAAUCGCCGGCGGGCUACGGGCUGGUGGCGCUGCGGCUGCAGGUGUGGCUCAUAUUCCUCUACUCGUGCUUCUUCACCGUCAAGCACUACCCGGAGAAGAUGACCUUCUACGGGCCCUUCUUCGCCUUCUACUCCAUCCGGUUUCUGGCCGGCCCGGGCAUCAUCAUCAGCAGCAACUACUUCAUCGACAAGUGGGUGCGGGAGAAGGUGGUGAACGGCGUCGACCUGGCCAUCACACUGCUGGGGCACCUGUUCUUCCUGGUCCUGACCUGCCCCAACGCCGCCAACCGUAACUUCCCCUACCACGUCCGCAAGGCGCAGGUGAGGGCGCUGGAGCACUCCUCGACGGGCGUGGUGUUCAACAACACCCUCAACGCCUUCGCGGCGCACAGCUACGCCCCCGACCUGCCCGAGCCGCGUACCCACGCCGCGCCCGACCUCUUCCUG